GGCGCUUCCGGUCCCGCUGCCCUCAGCGAAGAUGGCGGCAGUGGAGAAGCGGCGGCCGGCCGUGGCUCCGGCGGCCAGUUUCCCCGACAGCGGCCGGCCGGCGGUGUCCCGGGCAGCGGCAGCGACCGAGAGUGAGGAGGACUUCCUGCGGCAGGUCGGCGUGACGGAGAUGCUGCGCGCGGCUCUGCUGAAGGUGCUGGAGGCGCGGCCCGAGGAGCCGAUCGCCUUCCUGGCGCACUACUUCGAGAACAUGGGCCUGCGCUCGCCUGCAAACGGCGGCGCCGGGGAGCCCCCGGGCCAGCUCCUGUUGCAGCAGCAGCGCCUGGGCCGCGCGCUGUGGCACCUUCGCCUGGCUCACCACUCCCAGAGGACGGCCUUCAACAACAAUGUCGGCGUGGCCUACGAGUGCCUGAGUGCCAGUGGGCGCAAGAAGAAGCCGGGGCUGGACGGGCGCACCUACAGCGAGCUGCUCAAGCGCAUCUGCCGGGACGGGGAGGCCCCCGAGGAGGUCGUCGCACCGCUGCUGCACAAGAUCCAGUGCCGGGACCAUGAGGCCGUGCCGCUGGACGUCUUCCGCGCCGGGAUGCUCACCUGCUUCGUGCUACUGGAGUUCGUGGCGCGGGCCGGCGCCCUCUACCAGCUGCUGGAGGACCCCACGCUGGCUGUGGCCGACCGCCGCGUGGGCCAGGCCGUGCUGGACACCCUGGAGGGGGCCCUGCAGGCCAGCGACGGAGCUGCUGUGCCUGCCUGCUUCCUGGAGGCUGGCUCGCGCCUGGGCCCCGACAGCCUGGCGCUGGCCAUGGACCGUGCCCUGGUGGCUCGGCGGCCCAGCUCCCCCAUGACCCGGGAGGAGUUCCUGGAGAAGGCUGCCGCCCUCUUCAUAGCCAAGGUCAAGCCGGUGGGCUGAGUGCCCACACGCCUUCCCUGCCUCCUCGCCCGGGAGAGCCUGGAGCACCACCAGGACCCUAGGCCAGACAUCCCCAUGUCUGGGACUGGGGCUCAAGCCGCAAAUGAAGCUCCUUCACCUGCUGAGGCCUUGGCAGGCAGCCCUCCCCAGUCUGCCCCAGGACCUUCCUGUCUGCCUUCCUGGCCCCCCAGGAUGGAUGCUUGUGGGCAGAGAGCCCAUCCGUCCAGCGCUGACUCAUCUCCUCCCACAGAGCCCAGCCCACAGAGGUGUCGGGAAUGAUUGCCGAGUGAACACACAUCUAUUUUUAACCUUCCCCACAGCCUGGAAACUGAGGCCUAGGAGUCGCCGCCAUGCUGGGGGUGCACAGCUCCCUGGGGCCUGGCUCCUGGCCCCUCCCACCGGCCUGGGCCAAGAAUGGCCUUGGAGUUGCCCUUCAGCAGCAGGAGGGGGGCCAGGGUCCGCUCAG